AUGGAGAAAGACAGUUUCCAGCAGUUAGAACUAGAGAAGAGUGGACCUUCCAAAAAGACUACACCCAAAAGGAUUAUCCAUUUUGUUGAUGGAGAUGUCAUGGAAGAAUACAGCACAGAGGAAGAAGAGGAAGAAAAAGAGGAACAGAACUCGAAAUCAGCACUUGACCCUUCUAAACUUUCAUGGGGGUCCUACCUACGGUUUUGGGCAGGACGAAUAAUAAGAACCUCAAUUUCUACAUGUGAAUUCCUUGGUGGAGGAUUUGCUGUUUUCUUUGGUCUCACUCAACCCAAAUAUCAGUAUGUGUUAAACGAGUACUAUAGAAUACAAAAUAAGGAAAGUGACAAGAAAAGUGAAAGGAAUGGAUCAAAGGCCCAGGCAACUGAGGUUUCUAAUGAAACGUGUCACUUGGAGGCUGAAGGCCCAGAGUAUGGGACCAGAUGA